ACGGUUUGCACGUGUUCAAUAAAACAUAACCUGUUCAUAAUAAUUAAAAUUAAACUUGAGCAAUUGUUAUCAUAAAUUUUGAUCUUAAAUAAAUUAUAAAUAAAAGAGUUAAAAAUGAAUGUUAUACCCUGUAUGACAUGGGUCAAAAAAGGAGUUGCAGCAGCAGUUCCUGAGAAGGUCCAAUUGACUCCUGAAGAAUUGGAGGGAAUUAUUAAACAAACACAGUCAGAUUUACAAAUCCUUGAAAAUGAUGAAGGUGAAGGUGAUGAUGAUAAUGAUAAUGAUGAUGAUAAAAUUGAUGAUAAUGAACCAUCAGCAUCAGCAAGUUCUAACAAUAAUCAAAAUCAAUCUUCAUCAUCAACAAAAAUGGAUACAGAUGAGUAUGAUUUCGACAACUACGACAAUGAAGCUGGAGACAUUCAUUGUAGUGUAAGUGGUCUUGCAAUAAUAAAUUCAGAUGGUAAAGAUCCAUUUGUAACAGUUGGUGAUGAUGAAGAUGAAGAUUCUGAAAAAGAUGAUGAUAUUAUAAAACCAGAUGAUAAUCUUGUUGUUGUUGGACAUGUUGAUGGUGAUGCAAGUAUAUUAGAAGUAUUUGUAUACAAUGAAAAAGAAGGAUCAUUUUAUUGUCAUCAUGAUUUUUUUUUACCAUCAUUUCCAUUGUGUAUUGAGUGGUUAUCAUAUGAUCAAUCACAAGAAAAACCAGCUAAUUUUUGUGCAAUUGGUGAUAUGACACCAAUAAUACAAGUAUGGGAUUUAGAUUUAAUUGAUUGUUUUGAGCCUGUAUUUAAACUUGGUUCAAAAGCUAAAAAAAAGAAAAAUAUUAAACAAAUUGGACAUAAAGAUGCUGUAUUAGAUAUUGCAUGGAAUAAAAAUUAUUGUCAUGUAUUAGCAAGUGGUUCUGUUGAUAAUACAGUAUUAUUAUGGGAUUUAGAUACAUGUUUACCAAGUACAAAACUUGAUCAAUUUACUGAUAAAGUACAAUCAAUAAAAUGGCAUCCAAAUGAAACUCAUCAAUUAUUAACUGGUUCAGCAGAUAAAAUAACAAGAUUAUAUGAUUGUCGUGUUGAUGAUACAUUUAAAUCAUGGGAAACAAGUGGUGAAGUUGAACGUGUAUUAUGGAAUCAUUUUGAUCCAAAUUAUUUUUUUAUUAGUACUAGUAAUGGUAUACUUGAGUGUAUUGAUUCACGUCAAGGUAAACAUGUAUGGCAAAUAUCAGCACAUGAAAAAGAAAUAACUGGUUUAUCAUUGAGUUCAACUUGUACUGGUUUUCUUGUAACAUGUUCUGAUGAUGGUGUUGUUAAAGUUUGGGAUGCAAUACAACCAGAUAAUCUACAACUUGUUUGGGAAAAUCAAACAAAUUUGGGUAAACUUCAGUGUUUAUCAUCAUCACCAGAUAGUCCAUUUAUCAUUGCUGCUGGUGGUGAUAAUAAAUCACAUAAUUUUAAAGUUUGGAAUUUAUUUGAAACUGAAAUUAUUGCUGAAAGAUUCAAGGAUCGAUGUUAAUCAUUAAGUUCUUUUAAAUAAAAAUAAAUAAAAGUAAUAUCAAUAAAACAUUAUUUUUAUGUUUUUUUUUAUUUAUUUAAAAACCCAU